AUGUGUACAGUUCUCUGCGACUGCGAAAAUACAAUAAAUUCGCGACCCUUGACCCAUGUUUCCGAAGACGCGAACGAUUUGAUACCAUUAACUCCAUCAAUGUUUCUGCGCGAAAACAAAGGCUUCGAAAAUCCUGACUUAGAUAUUAUCAAUAAAGUAAAUUUGACUGCUAGCUAUAGAAAAAAGCAAGAAAUAAUAGAACACUUGCGCCAACGUUUUCGCACGGAAUAUUUGAGUCGGCUGAUACUAAAAAGUAAUAGUGUAAAAGAGUCUCGCUCAAUAAAAGUCGGCGAGGUUGUUCUGAUCGGCGAUGACAACAAAAAACGUAUUGAUUGGCCUUUAGCAAAAAUUGAGAAAUUGAUUCAAGGUCGCGACGGCGUAGCUAGAGUAGCAGUAUUGAAAACCAAAGACGGAAUUUUAAAGCGUCCAUUGCAGCGUAUAUACCCUUUGGAAAUUGGUUGCGAGGAUAGAAAAGAAAUAGAGUUAAUGUGUGGUAAAGAGCAAUCGAUGAACGACAAAACAGCUGCGGAGGAAAAUAAGUUUGAACCUAGUCCAAAUGUAGUAAAAACCAGGAGUGGACGUGUGGUUAAGAAACCUAAUUAUUAUCAAUUUUUGGUGUCAUUGAGUCAAGGACUCAAGGUGGGAGGAUGUUUGGAAUGA